CCCUCGUCACGGUCACGAUCACGAUCACAACAAGAAGCGGAGCUAAAAUCCCUUACCGCCGUCGAGCCCACCGCCGUCGAGCCCAACGCCGUUGAGAACCACUCCCGGAAGCUAAAUCCCUUACUGCCGCAAGUAAUCCAUAACUCUAUUCUCACACAAAAUUCGUUCUCACCACCACCCGUUGUUCUGACCUUAGCUUCCCUCUCCCUCUUUCACAACAAGUUUGAGUUAUUCUCACAACCUAACUCUCCGCCAUAAACUUAUUCAUGCCACCAUAGAGAAUUGGUCACCCUAACUCUCCGAAUCGUGCCACGAAAUCGCUAUUCUACUCGUUUUGAAUCAUGGUCUCGAAGAUAUUUUGAAUUUAAAUUUCCAAGACCGCCAAUUCUAACCUCGUUGUGAUCAUCAAGCUCGUCAUGAUCGACAAGCUCAUCGCCAUCCAUGUUCGUUGCUACCCUUAUAGUUGUCACAUUCAAACGCUGCCUCCAAUAGCUAAGGGAAAGUUCGAAACGCUGAAAGAGGUAUGAGUGGAUAAAGGCAUUGGGGUAAUGUCCGUGGAUAUCAGAUGAGAGAGCUUUUAGUGUCACUUCGGGUGGAGGAAAUUCCGAUAAAGGACUUGUGGGAAGAGAAAUGGUCCGCUAUUCGACCAAACUCAGACGUGCCACCAGCAGCUGCAAAUGUUGAUGGACAGUUAGGGUAACCCAAACUUGCUGGUGUUGAGGUGCUAAUUAGAGGUCAAUUUGCAAAUGGAUACACUUGCUAAUUCCAGUAAAAGUGGGAACUGGAAGCGGAAAGAAUUGUGGUUUCUUGUGAUUUAUGCAAUCGUUUUCUAUGUUAUCAUCAUCAACCGUUCACUUCAACUCUCUCGUGAUUAUUACAAACAGUUGUCAGGUUUACGCCCGGGUUGGCUCUUAGCUAACCACCUCAAUGAUGUUUCAGAUGCUCAGUGGAGGAAUUUUCGAGGAAAUAUACCUGUUCUUACUCUUGUCUUUGGAAUUUUCACUCUUCUUGCCUACUUGAUGAAGGCUUUAUUUGAUUUAAGAGUUAGAGGAAUGUCCAUUGCGUGGCUUUUAUUUUCUUUGGCCUACUUGUCAUAUCUUCAUGGAGCAUGCAUUGCUUUUAUCCUAUCAAUAGCUACUGGUAAUUUUAUUCUUGUAAAGAUAUUUGCACAGAAGGAGUACUUUCCACUUAUAGUUUGGAGUUACAACAUUUUGUUUCUUCUCUGUAAUCGGAUUUAUGAAGGAUAUUCAUUCUCUAUAUUUGGGCAACAAUGGGCAUUUUUGGACAAUUACCGGGGCAGCUUUAGGUGGCACAUAUGCUUCAACUUUGUUGUUUUGCGCAUGAUAAGCUUUGGAUUCGAUUAUCAAUGGAUAAAUCAAGAUUCUCAUUUUGAUCAUGAGAAGCAUUAUCAACGUUGUCAUAUUUGUAAAUCCGGAAAAUCUUGCUAUCAAGUUUUACAGGAGAGAAGUCUGCCAAAUGACAGGUUUGGAUAUAUAACGUACCUUUGUUAUUUGGUAUAUGCGCCACUUUACAUCGCUGGUCCAAUACUGAGCUUCAAUGCUUUUGCCUCACAGCUAGACGUUCCUCAAAACACCAUUUCGGUUAGAAAUGUGACACUCAAUGGUUUUCGCUGGAUAUUGAGUAUUAUCCUCAUGGAAUUAAUGACUCAUUUAUUCAACUAUAAUGCCUUCGCUAAUAGUGAUUUGUGGAAGCACUUAUCGCCUAUGGACGUGUUCAUCAUUGGAUAUGGUGUAUUAAACUUCAUGUGGCUAAAAUUUUUAUUGAUCUGGCGCUUUUUCCGAUUUUGGUCACUGAUAAAUGGAAUUGAGGUUCCGGAGAACAUGCCAAAAUGCAUUAAUAAUUGCCACAACUUGGAAGGCUUCUGGAAAAAUUGGCACGCUUCCUUCAACAAGUGGCUUGUGAGGUAUAUUUACAUUCCUCUUGGGGGAUCUAAGAAAAAGCUACUAAAUGUGUGGGUUAUAUUCACAUUUGUUGCAAUCUGGCAUGAUUUAGAGUGGAAGCUUCUUUCAUGGGCAUGGUUGACGUGUAUAUUCUUCAUCCCUGAGUUAGUUUUUAAAUCAGCAGCAAAAGCUUUUCAGGCUCAAAGUUCUUUUGGAGUAUGCAUAUUUCGUGAACUCAGUGCUGUUGCUGGGGCAAUCACAAUUACUUGCCUCAUGGUGGCUAAUCUGGUUGGGUUUGUGGUUGGACCGGGAGGCAUUAACUGGCUGCUUUCUUCUUUCCUUCAGAAGGAAGGUUUGCCUGUCCUUGGCGGCAUGCUUGUGACAUUUUACGUUGGAACAAAGAUUAUGUUCCACAUUGACGAGGCAAAGCAAAGAUUGCCCUGAACUGGGACAAUUACUUUUGACCAUGUGAAAAUAUUCACUCAUUUUUAGUCCAUAUAUGGUUUAAACAUGAAUGUUAUAUUUUUUAAUUGAAUUAUAUUAAAUUAGAGUUGAAUUAAUAAAAUUAAGAAAGAAAAUGUAUUUUCAUGGAAAUGUUAAAAUCCAAGAAAGAUAAGUGUCAUACAUGC